AUGACAGAUUACUUUGAAUUAAGACUACCACCACAAGAUGGUAUCUCUUCAUUGAAUUUCAUACCUCAAACCAAUUUACUGUUAGUUACUUCAUGGGAUACUUCAGUUAGAUGUUAUGAUACAACAGGUAAUGUUCAGAGAUGGCAGUAUAAUCAUGAUGUCGCUGUGUUGGAUGGCUGUGUACAAGACAAGAGUCGGGUGUUCUCCAGUGAUAUCUCUGGUCGAAUCAAGAGUUACGAUGUCGCUAGUGGUGUCGCCAGCGAUAUAGGAUCGCACGAGAAGGGAGUGCGUGCUCUCGCCUAUAACCACGAGUCACAGCUGCUGUUCAGCGGUGGCUGGGAUGGCAUCCUAAAGGCGUGGGACGUGCGCGAUCCUCAUCAACCGAAAGAGAUGCACCAACACAACCUCGAAGCACAGAUAUUCACGAUGUCGACCACCGCCAACUGGCUAGUGGUAGGAACGGCCGACAAGAUGAUAACGAUAUUCGAUACGCGUCAAAUGCAACAACCCGUACAGAAACGUGAAUCCUCUAUCAAAUUCCAAACGCGAUGUAUCAGAACGUUUAUCGAUGGCAGUGGCUACGCGUUGGCAUCGGUCGAAGGUCGUAUAGGAAUGGAGUAUUUCGAUCCAAAGGAACAACAGGCAAAGAAAUAUGCAUUCAAAUGUCAUCGUGCGAAUGAAGCAGGUGUAGAUGUUGUUUAUCCAGUUAAUACAAUUGCUUUUCAUCCAAUAUAUGGAACAUUUGCAACAGGUGGAUGUGAUGGUAAUGUAUAUUAUUGGGAUGGACAGAAUAGAAAGAGAUUAUUCCAUUUGAAACACUAUCCAACAUCUAUAUCAGCAUUAGCAUUCAAUUCAGAAGGUAAUCUAUUAGCAGUUGCAUCAUCCUAUACAUAUGAAGAAGGUGAAAAAGAUCAUCCAAAUGAUCAAAUAUUUAUUCAUACAGUUAAUGAAAAGAUAAAACCAUUUGGAAAAUAA